AUGAAUUCUGGAAGCGACAAGGGGGAGAAAGAUGCGAUCGUCUUGUCUGAAUCGUUCGACAUAAGCGACUCCGAGAAAGUACAAAAAUCAUCAGCGAGAGGAGCAUGGGGUUCACAGAUCGAGUACCUCUUGUCUGUGAUCGGAUACUGCGUUGGACUUGGAAACCUGUGGCGGUUUCCUUAUAUCUGCAAUAGAAACGGAGGAGGAGCCUUCCUCAUCCCAUUCAUUGUGUGUCUGGUGCUGUGUGGCCUUCCUCUGUUCUUCCUGGAGGUCGCAGUGGGACAGUUUUCUGGAAAGAGUGCAACCCAUGUGUGGAGCGUGUGUCCCCUAAUGAAAGGUGUUGGGAUCGGGAUGCUGAUAAUGUCUGCCGGCACCGUCGUGUACUACACAGCCAUCUGCGCGUGGGCACUGUACUACACCGUCUUCUCCUGUCGAGCUGUCCUUCCCUGGACGGACUGUGGCAACUCGUGGAACACUGACGUCUGUGUGAGAAGCCUGCAAGUCAUGUCCCAAGGGCGAACUGAAGUCAGCAACUCUACAGUGUUAAAUGGGACGGAUGGUAACUCGACACUAACAGAGUACAUCAACACUACCGUCAGUCACAGGUGGGGAACCAAUGACAGCCUGGCCCACACAGCGGCAGAGGAGUUCUGGCAGUAUAAAGCCCUCGGUAUCAGUGGUGGGCUAGAGCAGCUGGGCAGCAUCAAGUGGGAGCUGGCGCUGUGUCUCUUGGCUUCCUGGAUACUCAUCUUCGGAUGCAUUGUAAAGGGAGUCAGGUCAGUCGGAAAGGCUGUCUACGUGACUGCCACACUUCCCUACAUCAUCCUCACCAUCCUCCUUGUCCGUGGCUUGACGUUACCUGGAGGACCUUCUGGCGCCAUGUUCUACCUUACUCCGGACUUCAGCAAACUGCUGGAAAUACAGGUGUGGCUGGAGGCCUGUCUCCAGGUGUUCUACUCGCUCGGCCCAGCAUGGGGAGGUCUCAUCACCAUGGCAAGCUACAACGGGUUCAACACCAACUGUCUCAGGAAUGCCGUCAUCUGUACGUUCGUGAGUGAGGGAACCAGCCUGUUUGCAGGCCUGGUGAUCUUCUCCAUCCUUGGAUUCAUGGCGCAGGAGGCUAACAUCCCCAUCAGCGAUGUGGUGUCCUCGGGUCCAGGACUUGGAUUUGUGAUCUACCCAGAAGCCUUGGCUCAACUUCCGCUUCCGCAACUGUGGAGUUUCAUCUUCUUUGUUAUGCUGAUUUUGUUGGGGCUUGAUUCUCUGUUCUCUAUGGUGGAAACUGUGGUAUCGGCCAUCUUGGAUGAGUACCCCUGGCUGCUGAAAUGGCGAGUCGUCGUUACCCUUGGUUACUGUGUUCUGUCCUUUCUGCCGGGGCUACUGUUCACCACUGAGGGUGGAAUGUAUAUUUUCCAACUGAUGGACUGGUACUUCGUCGUCAUAUGCCUAAUCUUCUACGGGUUUCUGGAGUGCAUCAUUCUCGGCUGGAUAUAUGGUGUGGACCGUCUGAGUGCAGACAUUGAACUGAUGCUUGGAAGACCUGCUCCGUUGUUCUUCAAGAUAACCUGGUGUUACAUCACACCGGCAAUGCUCCUGGUGACAUUUAUUUUCACCCUGGCUCAGUACCAGUCACCGACAUACGGGAAAUACGUCUACCCCGACUACGCAGCCACCAUCGGUUGGUGUGCAGCAAGCGUCCCGGGAAUUCCAUUGGUUGUGAUGAUGUUCAAGGCCAUCUACAAGGAGGAAGGGAGUCUGCUGCAGAGAUUCCAAAAGUCCUUGAAACCUGACAGCUCCUGGGGUCCAUCUAAGUCGUCAUUGAAGGACUUUUACGUCGAUAAAAACAGCGAAGCCACUACUCUGAGAGAAACUUUCAUUUCAUCCGUGUCUUGUAAAUCUUAGACAGGUAUCUAUAUAUUUGGUGAGAUCCAUGUUAUUCAUCUUGUUUGUUAACUUCCUUCCAUGUGAUUGGAAUUCAUGCUGGACAUCUAUUUUCUGGUGUUGUUCAUAGAUCAAUAUCCUUCCGUUUAUUGGCUUCAUCACCUGUGUUAUUUGUUGUUCUUAGUCCCCACCUGGCCUCAUCCAAUUAUGUGCCACGUGGUAUUCAAUUACACGCUGUUGGUAAUGUUAAUCUGCUGGUUGUCAUAACAUGCUACGUAGAUAUACGUGUCAUCAUUUGGUUGUACUCACCUACUCACCUUUAGCUUGAUAACGGUCGAAGAAUCUUCACCGAACCGUCGCUCUAUGCAAUUAAGAAGUUGUCAUCCAUAAAGUUGUGGGCUUCACUAUUGAUAAUGCUGCUGGUUAUGCCUUUACAAUGUUUGAUAUCAUAACCCAAAUCCUGUGAAGACAAGGGUCAAGCCAUUAGGCACUGAGGUUUGUUCUUAAUGUUAUAAAGAAGAGUCAGUGUACGCUUGGAAAGGGAAGUAGUUGGAAGGUACACUUCAAUCUGUCCAAGAGUAGGUGCUCGAAUUGUCAAAAUUAAACCGAUGUAACUUGGACAAUACUUUAGCUUCAGGUAUAUCGAUUAUAUGUUGUAUUUCAAUAACAAUCAAAUACUAGUUCCCACUGACUUACCCACCCGUAUUUACAAUAAAGAAUAUAAGUGAGA